UUCCAAAAAUAAAACAUGGCUGCCUAGAGCUUUUAUAGAAGCUUUUCAAACUUCCUACUACGCCGACUCGUGCCAACCAACCCACAGGAUAUCCCAGGCGAAACCGGGCAAAUAACACUAUACUAUGUGUCUAGUGAUGGGUUGUGGGGGUUGGUUUAAAUUGCUCUAGAAACGAAAUAUAAUAAGUAAAGAACUAAAAAAAGAAGAAGAAAAAAAAACAACAACAAUUCUCCAAGAAGAUAACACACAUAUCCCCCAGGAAUCAUACGCUCGCUCUCUUCAUAUCUUAUCGUCGUUGUCGUGUAUGCAUAGCCGUACACCCCUAACUAAAAAAAAAAAAACAACCCUUCGAUGUAUAAGUAAAAAUACAACGAGUAUUGUAUAUCGGCGAAGCGAAAAAUAAAGUCAGCAGCAGCAAGCAAUACUCUCACACAAGACUAAAAAACCCAACAACUCUCGUCUCGACCAGAAAAUCCAGAGCACAGAAAAAGCCAAAAAUAAUAACGCGCUGGUACUCAAAAACUCGCUUGCGGUUGUAGUGAUAAAUGGUCGCACUUCGCUCUGGAAUCGAUUGUUAAACGACGACGCGGCGAUAUUAUAAGCGUUUUUAUUAUAAAAAAAAAGAAAAGAAUUUUCCUCAAAAAUAAUUGUAUCCUAUAAAAUAGAUAUAAUAUUGUGUUAAUUUAUUAAAAUUGUUUUAAAAGAAGAAAAAGAUUAAAAACCUUUUAACCGCAUCAAAUUUAUAAAAUAACCUAAAAAAAAAGUGAAUGCUUCGUCAAAUUGUAAAGAAUUUUCCCCAAAGAAAAAAAAAAUUAAGUAGGUAACCGUUUUCGAGUUACGAGAUUUUUUCAUUCAAAUCGCGGAUUUUUCAAGAAGUGAAAAACAGCUCCAAAAAGAAAGAAAAAAUAUAUAGAAAAAAAGAAUAAGCAAAGAAAGUAGAUAUAGAAUAGAUGGGAGAGGAAAAAUGAAGAUGAUGGUGAUAAUGAUGAUGAAAAUGGUGAUGAUGAUUAUGAUGAAGUGAUAGUAGUUGAGUACAUAUCUCUAAAUGAAGAGGGAAAUGAGAUAUCCCAAAAAAGAACGGAAGUGUUGAGUGCGUUGAGAAGACGUUGACGGGUUUUUUGCGUUUUCUUCCUCUUUUUUUCUGUCGGCGGAUAAAAAAAAAGAAGUUAAAUUUAAUUAAAAAUAAAAUGCAUUGCAAUAUCGUAUAGAAAUAUCUUAUCUUAAACUAGUAAAAAAAAAAUCGAAACGAAAGAAAAAAAAAAAAAACAGCAAUGGGAGUAAUGACCACCGAAUUUUCACUACUGGGACCAUUUUGUGGAUAAGCGAAAGAAAAAAACGGAAGAUACAGCACAAUAACAACAACAACAACAACACACCAAUCAAUUGAGGACGACAAAAAUGACAAUAUAGUAUAUUGCAUUACAUUUUUACUAUAUUUUUUAGAAAAAAAGCCCACGAGAAACACUGCUCAGCACAAUCUAUUUUGUCGAUGAUAUUCGCUCCUUCAUAAUUAAAAUAGAUGUUUAGCUUUUCGAUAAAUCAUCAUUUCGAAUCCACCAACACUAACAAAACCAUCAUCAACAUAAUUCUUGAUGUCCUUUAAUAGCGUUAGAAAUUCAUUGCUGCCAAAUAAUUCAUCAUCAUCAUUAUUAACAUCAACAACAACAACAUCAUCACCAUCACCUUAUCAUCUCUUUAUUAAAAGCUUAUAAUAGGCGAUAAUAAUAGAUAGAGACACGCAAGCAUGUUCGAAUGUAUUCGAAAAGUGAUAUAAAAAACUUCAUUAAACGGGCAUUUGAGCCCUGCGGCUUGCAUACAAAAGCAAUCGCUUAGAGUUACACGCGCAACCCACUACUAAAUGCAGUGGAAGAAGAAGUUUACUCGAUUGAAAGCAGCUACUGGACAUUCGCGUGCGCGAAGGAUGCUUUGUUGUGGAAGAAGGAAGGAAAAUGGAAGAUCAGUUCCUGAUGUUACAGCUAGCCCGGGCCGAGCUCCACCUGGGCCGUUGCCAUCAAAUCAAAUGCAACAAAUGGGAGGACAACAACAACCGCGACAGCAAGGUGUCAAAGAGCCCGUUCUAUUACAAGGUGACUUCCGCAAGGUGUCAGGAAUUAGUUCGGAAAUAUUCCGGCAGAUAGAAGCGGUUGAGAAUGAUCAUGAUCCAAAUACAGCUGCAGCAUUGGAAGCCGUUGAGAGGCGUGGUGAGAUGAUAGUUAGAAUUUUAGAACCCCGUAGUAUCGGUGGCAAGCAUGCCGUCGAAGCUGCUCAUAAACUUAUGGCAAAGGGUGAUGCGAGACAUACGGUUCAGCUGGUAGAAAUAGUUAAAAGACCUGGCCAAACUCUAGGUCUUUAUAUACGUGAAGGAAAUGGCGCUGAUCGAACUGAUGGUGUUUUUAUAUCUCGAAUAGCAUUGGAAUCAGCCGUUUAUAAUAGUGGAUGUCUCAGGGUGGGUGAUGAAAUAUUAGCAGUAAAUUUAGUUGAUGUGACGCACAUGUCCCUGGAUGAUGUUGUUAUUAUCAUGUCCAUUCCACGACGUUUGGUGCUGGCCAUUCGACAACGACGUGGUGCUCGUGGUACCAGUUCACCUGGCCCACCAACCCUCUCCCGACCCGAACAAAAGCCACCGCCAGUUGUUGUCAUUAAACGCGACCUCAGAGACGAAGACUUAGAUGAUGCGGAUCGCAUGCCACGCUCCCGGUCAUCACGUGAAAGACGUACAGGUGAUGGCAGAGAAAUGACAGAGUCACGUUCAAGACUCGGCUUGGGUUUGAAUAAUUACAGUCCUCAAAGUGAACAACUGGACUUAUACUACAACACACGGGCAAAUGUUAUGCAAGAACCACCCAGUUGGGGCUAUAAGCCCCCACCACCACCGUCAGUCAUCACCGAACAACCCAAGUCUCAUUCAUUUGCCCCAUCAUCAGCCUACUAUCAAAAUGCUGGCACUUUAGAAAGCCUCGCUGAAAAGGUACACUCCUUCUAUCCAGGUCCCUCACGCCGCAUGUCAGCCGGAGCCGGAGUCACCCUAGCUCAACAGCAUGCCCGUUUUCCACGCAGUGGGUCGGAUCAACAUCUGCCGCGGGUCGAGUACUCGGAUUAUUCAUCCUCAUUGGGUAGGCAUUCCUUGCUUAGAUCUAGUCUUAAGCCAGGUGCACUUACAUCAGCUGGUGGUACCCUAGGUCGCUAUGGACGUUAUGAACCGCAGUCACGAAGCUCCAAAUACGGUGUACCACCCAGUGCUGCCUCGCAGUCGCUUACUCGCAGAUCAAGACCAUCUAUCGACUACUCUAGUGAUACAGAGGCAACGAUCGGUCAGAGGCCUAGCUACUACUACUACAAUCGGCCAGCUAUUGGAAGUAUACCACGUGGCACUACAACUGGCAUACUGGGUGGUAAUGUUGCUCCAGAUUUGGCCAAAUUCAAUUCACUGCCCAGGGAACGUCCCGGAGUUCGUAUGAGUGGUAUAAGACCGCGUAUCAGUGAUAGAAUAAUGGACGAUGCCGAUGGUAAUCUUUCUGCCCCGGAAUUCACUGGUCGUCGGGAUAUGCGAGAAAGGGAUCUACGAAGUAGGAUUACAGCAAGUCCAUCGAUAUUCACUUCGGAUGAAUAUAGGGCUUGGUUGAGACGUGCUCCAAGCAGUUCGGCGAUUGCGGAACAGAUGCGCCUUACCAGAGACUUGCUUAGCCAACCACGAAGUCAUAGGUUCUCCUGCAGUGCAGAAAAUAUCCAUGAUGCUUUGAAAAAUACGGAGAGUAUCUAUAGCAGUCGAACGGGUGUCCUGACCGGAACUUUGGAUCGCCAUCUUGGAAUGCCCCGACCCAUAUCUUCCUUGCCGGUUAGAUCGAUGUCCUCGCAACACAUUGGCGGACCCUCGUCAAUUCGAUCGCCAAGCAUUCGACGCAUGAGACAACUGCUAGAACUUUCGACAGGCCCCGCCAGUCCAAGCGGAAGUAUCCUAAGUGGGGGUGGCCAUCAGAGUCCAGCUCCAACUCCAAGCGCAACACUGCCCCGAUCACACCGACAGAUCGAUAUAAAUCCAGCCGAGUUUGCAAAAUACAAACUCGACAAGCCCAUCAUGGAUGUGGGCGGUGUAUCGGGUAUGCUUUGGAUCCAUCUUCUCGCUGGACGUGGUUUGCGAACUGCCCCAGAAAUCAACCAACCUGGAGCUCCACAAGCACAGAGUCGUGAUCUGUAUUGUGUUCUGGAGUGUGAUCGUGUGCAUAAAGCUAGAACGGUCGUCCGAUCUGGCGAUCUUCAGUUCGAUUGGGAUGAGUCCUUUGAAUUGGACUUGGUGUGCAAUAAGCAAUUGGAUGUGCUCGUCUAUUCGUGGGAUCCCCAACACAGGCAUAAACUUUGUUAUCGUGGUGCUAUUUCUUUGGCAUCUCUCCUGCGACAGUCUCCAUUGCAUCAGUUGGCUCUGAAAGUUGAACCCCGUGGAACGAUUUAUAUUCGUCUGAGGCAUACAGACCCUAUUACUCUGUACAAGCGUAGGGGCUUACCAAGUCUUCGGGCUGGCUAUCCACAGCUAUUCGGAGCUGAUUUGGAAACUGUUGUAAGUCGGGAGUCAAAGGGAGCUCCUGGAAGUGCACCAGUUCCAAUAGUCUUGCGCCGUUGUGUGGAAGAAGUGGAACGACGUGGUUUGGAUAUCAUCGGAUUGUACAGGCUGUGCGGAUCAGCUACGAAAAAGAGGCUUCUGCGUGAAGCAUUCGAAAGGAACAGUAGAGCAGUCGAAUUAAGUCCGGAACAUGUUCCUGACAUCAAUGUCAUAACUGGUGUCUUGAAAGACUACCUAAGAGAGCUUCCGGAACCACUGUUCACCAGGUGUCUAUUCCAAAUGACUGUUGAUGCUUUAGCUGUCUGCCUGCCUGAUGAUCCUGAAGGAAAUGCGAAAUUAAUGCUUAGUAUCCUGGAUUGUCUACCACGGGCCAAUCGGGCCACCCUUGUGUUCCUGCUGGACCAUUUGUCAUUAGUGGUGUCAGCUUCGGAGCGCAACAAGAUGUCAGCUCAAGCCCUCGCCACCGUUAUGGGUCCUCCUCUAAUGCUUCACUCGUCUAGUGCCCCUCCAGGCUCCGAUAUUGAUCAUGCUCAGCCCAUAGCCGUUCUGAAGUAUCUCCUACAGAUCUGGCCUCAACCGCAAAUCGGUGGCAGUGGAAUGGGUUCCCUGUCGGCUGUGGGAGUCUCGGCUAUAGUCGGUCCAUCCUCAGGUCGGCGCGGCGAGUCAACAGGGCAGCGUGGAAGCAAAGUCAAUGUGUUGCAAGCGGACAAACACCAGCUACAGCAGGCCAGUCUUCGGCCAUCCAUUUCGGUAACCAACAUACUAUCCCAAGGCCAACAUCAUCUCUCAGCCACAGCCAGCACUCAUCUGUAUCAAUCAGUAGUGGGUCAGUUAGCUCAAUCGCCUCGAGCCUUGCAACAAGCGGUGCAACAGCCCCAUCAAUUGGCGGUCUCAGCGGGCUCAGCAAUUCAAGACCAAUCGCAACUGCCACUUCCAGGCACACCCUCCCCAGGCAGUAGUUCAGCAUCGACAGGUUCAGGAUCGGGUUCGGGAUCAGGAACUGAUACAAUAAAACGUGGUGCAUCACCAGCAUCAGUUAAACAUGUAAAAAUAUACGAAUCUCCAAGCUCAUACUCAAUAUCCAAAAAUGAAUCACAAAAAACUCUAACAGCAACAACAACAACAACACCACAAACAACAUCAACUAAAGAAAGCAAUAUUGAUAAAACGAAAAGCAACGUUGGCAACAAUGGUAUCCAUGGACCAAAAUCAACCUCAUACAGCACCACGAGCAGCACCGCAGCUACCACCAACAACGCACCAACUUCUUAUUCCUCUUCUACUUCUUCUUCUGCUUUGGAAACAUCCUACACACCAUCAUCUGCACUCUCGUCAGCUCGCCACAAGUCAUCUGCCACCUCAUCUUCAUCGUCUUCAGCUACAACUGUUGUCGGUGCUGGCUCAACAACCUCAGGAGCCACCACCUCGUCUGACGAUUCCGACGAUCUGAUAUCGUACAAAUCCUCGGCAUCGACAAACGCCCUCCUGGCACAAUCUCAAGCCAUGACAACAACUCAGCUCAUGUCAAAAUAUCUAAAGCGAGAGCCCCGAGUGACCUUCACUCCAAUCAAAUCUCCAACUACUCCCUCUCCACCAUCUGGAUCCUCGACAGUUCCCAGCCAGGACAAAACUUCGACGGGCGACAAAACGGAUUCGAGUGGCUUUUACUCGACCCGUGGUUCCUAUCAAUUAAGCUCAAGUCUGAAGACGACCUCUGGCGGUGACGACUCCACAGGCUUAGCCAGCAAAUAUCAUUCACCCUCGUCGCCAUCUUCGGCCUCAGGUUUGACAUCUUACAGUGGAACCAAAUAUGGCUACACUUCAGCCUCAGAUUCGGUCUCACCAUCAUCGUCGUCGACCUACAGCAAGGCGUCCUCGCCGUCUAAGCCCACCAGCAGCGCUCUAAACAAUCUCUCAUCGUCAGGAUCUGGCACAGCCUCAUCCACGUCAUCAUCGACCAGCCUAGGUCGCAGUUAUUUAUACCAAACCUCUGAUACGCCGCCGAAGACGUCAAGUAAUAAUUAUUCUAGUAACCUAGUUAGUAAGCAGCAGCAGCAGCAACAAUACACAGCAAGCCCAGACCGCAAUCAGUAUCAGCAGCAAGUUUCGUCAAGUGCUUCAGGCAUACCAAGUUACUCGAGCAGUAACGUGUUCUCCAGCAAUGGCAGCAAUGCCUUGCUCUAUGGCACUCUGCCAAAGCACACUCCUGGCUCAAAUGGCGGCGGUGGCAAUGGAGGAGGCAGUGGCAAUGGCAGUAACAGCAGCAGCACGGCAGCGAUGUUAUCCUCGACAACAUCAUCCUAUUUAUCCGAUUCAAUUGGCACAACAGCCAGUAGCAGUGGAGUCAGUUCAAUGGCUGGCUCCGCCAGUAGCUAUGACUUCUACACAAAUCCUAGUAACACACGUGCGUUUGGUAGUUCCUCGGCAGCAGCCACUGGCAACGGUGGCAGCUCGGGUAAUUAUCAUACGUUAGGUUCAUACAGAGUACAGUAUUCGUCGACAAAUCCAUUUUUGGAGGCAUUCGACCCAGCUCCGUCAGCGACAACAACAGCAUCAAGUUCGAGUUCGACUUCAGUUAGCCAUCAUUCACAUGCAUCGAACAAUGAUCGAUCAUCGAUUAUGUUGAGUAAUUUUCAUUCGGAUUCAAAAAAUGGCGAUGAAUAUGAUGAUUUAAAGUAAAACAAGAAAAAAAUAGUAAAACAGCAGGGAGAUUUUACAGUUAUUUAAAUUUAUAUUUCAUAUUUAACAAACAAAACAGAAAAAAAAAAUAGGGUAGGUACUUAAAAGAUAGUUAAACAAAAAAAAUGGAAAACCACAUUAAAACAAGUCAUUUGUAAUUUAUAAACGCAUUUUCCAAAAAAAAAAAACAACAAUAGUUUUCAUGUUUUUUCUAUACAUAAAAAUAUUCUAAAUGACAUUUUUAACUAAAAAGGUUGUCUACUCGAACAGAAUUUAAAACACUUACAUAGCAAACGACAUAAAAUUUUUCUGACAGGUGUUGUGGAUUUUUUAGUGGGGUCUAUUAGAUUCAAGGCUUAACUGGGAGGUUUUCAGCAUUGAAGACUGCAAAUCUUGAAAUGAAAAAGAAUAUAUUCUUUGAGCAUGUAAAGUUCUUCUUACACCACUGAAUCUUUAAAUUCCAAUCUUUUUUAGGAGAACUUGUGCUUAAAUUUGUUCAUAGAUUUAAAAUAAUCUUUCUUCGCCAAGCUUGCAUUAAUGUUUAAAAAUCCACAUGUUUUUUAAACCAAAAAGCUAUUUUCUAAAAAAAAAAGUACGUAUACACCAGAGUGACCGGACAAUUUUUAAUUAUAAUCCCUCUGCAUUCUCGGUAAGAAAUUAAAUAAAUUGCAAAAAUGAUUGCAGUGAAACAGAUCUUACAUCUUGAGAUUUUUUAUGUAUGUUAUGUGGGAUUUGACAAGCAUCAGUUUCCUCCAGUUCUACUCUAUCAAAUGCUAGCAAAUCAGGGAAAUAUAAAUAAUUCUAAUAUCUGCAUGAAUCACAAUUUCGUCUUAAUGGAAAUUUUGAAAUUUUUCGGAUUCCCACUGUUAUCGCAGUGGUUUUUAAAGACGACAUAAAAUUAA